UACUGUUUCCAAAUGUGGAGGUAACAUUACCUCUCCCACAACUAUCUCUGAGCCUAACAGCUCUCACUUCCGCGAAUGUGUCUGGUUUGUAACUGCUCCACCCGAUAAAGUUGUAACAAUCAAGAUGAAAUCAAUGAGAAACAUAUUCAUAACGUGCAACAGUAACAACAUCAAGAUCUACGACGGUCACAAUGUGACCAACGCAUCAAGUUUUGAUUGACACAGUGUGUAGAACGAGAGGUCCAGGUGUGAAGACCAGAUUUAGGUCUUCUGGUAAUCUGAUGGCCAUCAAGUUUCAGAGUGAAUCCUUCUCAUUCUUACGCUUCCAGGCUGCCAUCGGUUUUACUUAUGGUGAAAAGCACAACUGUGGUGGUACGAUCCAUUUAGCCAAUGUGAGUCUACCGUACCUGCUACAAGCCCCAGAUGUGGAUGGCGAUGGCCACUAUGAACCUCUGCUCUCCUGUGAUUGGUUGUUCCUGGCUCCUGAUGCUCACCAGAUACGAGCCUCCUUCAAUAAACUGGAUAUCCAGAACUGCUCCAACUGUAACUGUGAUGUUCUAAAGAUAACGGAUGGAGAAGUUGAUACUGAUGACAGUUGGACCACUAUGUUCUGCUCAUCAUCACUCAAUGGAAUCUCUUGGAGGAGAAAAUCUCUUCUAGAGGCAGUCUUUUGGUCCAUUUCUCUUCUGAUGCAACUGUUGAACUAUCUGGCUUCCAGCUCUCCAUUACUACUUUCCCCAUCUCUUUGUGGUCCGAGCACAAGACAUGCUACAAGGCAGUUACAGGUGUUACAGUCACCCGGUAUGGAUGGAACCCUUAUUUGA